AUGCUCCGUAGGCACUCCAACCCCGCACAGACGAUACGCGUCGAGACGUUUGUGGCGUCGCUAGCCUGGGCAAAGACGAUCAUGCAGCUCAGUCCCAGCACGCAGCCCGAGGUGGAGACGGGUGUAAACCUCUGUGUCGAGGUCCGACUCUUUCACUCCCUCAUGUACUUUCCUAUGGCUUCUUCAACUUCUCAAUGCUUUCCCCGGUUCGGACAGUGCGAAUUCCUGGAGCUGGACGAAGAUGAGUUGGAUACAUCAUACUUGCAUACGCGCGUCGUGAAAUCUCCUGCAAGAGAGGCACUUCUGUCACGCCAUCACAGUUUCCGUUCUUAUCCGGCCGAAAACAAUAUCGAUGCAGCGACUCUACUCUUUAAUCUCAGCCACCUUGCACCAACCGCCGCAAAGGACUUCGUAGCAAAGCACCAUGCCAUCAGCUCUAUGCCGUUACGAUUGCUCAAUGAUGUCGGCUUCCAAGGUGUGGAAGAAGGAUACAUAGCCCUGAGCUACUGCAGAAAGAAGGUCAACCUCGAUACUCCACGAAGGGUGGUAACACCCAUUGGAUUUGGAUGGUCAACUACUGAAGAAGAGUUCCCCAUGCCGACAAGCAACAUCGCCUUCCAGGCUGUAUUGCGGGAAAGGAGGAUAGGAGAAGGUCUCUGGUUUGAUCAAGUCUCUAUCAACCAAGAUGAUGACAUGGAAAGGGCUGCAUGCAUGGGGGCUGUCGACCUCAUCUACAAGAAUGCGAGAGCAGUCGUUGUGGCCUUGGACGAUAUCGCUGCCUCCGCAGACGAAGAGCAAUUCCUACGGUACUACGUCGAGCAAUAUAGCUACUCCGAGCUAGCACACGAUCAGCAACCUAACCUCUGCAUGUCUCCGCCACUAAUGCAUCAAUACCCACUCCUAUGGUCAUUACUCGAGCGUAUACUUGGUUCAAGCUGGUUUGGACGUGCUUGGUGCGCACACGAGAUGAGAUUAGGUCAAAGCCAUGUCUUCGUGGUGCCGUGCUAUCGGCAGUACGAUGACGAGGUCCAGACCGUUAUACGCUUCACUGGCGCGUUCUUCCUCCAUUUACUUGCGCUCGCUAGCGAAAUCUACCCAUCGAUACCUGCAUACCGCGGCAGGUUACGUUCACUCCACACUUUCUUUCAACAUGCGGCCUUGGGCGAAGAUACAAACCUCGCUGUACAGAGGCCAGACACUCCCCAAAUGGGCGUACCAGCUGGAUCUGCACUGAUCCCCAAGAUCGCAGAAACCUUUCAGUUACAAGCUAGUGGUAACCCAAGGUUACCAGAGUACCUCAGGAGACAAGAUGCCAAUCGUGAUAAAAUGGGGAUAGCACUGAAUGCCUCCGGACUACCACUAGCAUUGACAACUGUCACCACAUUGUCAAGACCAAACAUAGAAGACGAAUGCCUUAGAUCACUCCUUCUUGUAGGUCUCGCAGCACAAGAUCCAGUUGCGUUGUGCACGACGGGCCCACAUCUCCGGCUUCAUGACGGUUCUAUAUCUUGGUUGAGCCGUCCAACGUCACUCGAUAUCAAUCCCGAUCUUCCUGCUCCACCACGCUUUACUGCAACAACGACUCCCAUCACUCAAGGCUCAGAUGGCAGAGCCGAGUACGCUCAACUCGACAUGAUUUUCUUGGAGCUUCCUCACCGCAAACAAUCAAAUCCAUUCUUCCCAACGCAAGUCACCCGCGCUCGUACGCUGAUAGAUUUAUGCAUCCAGUUCCGGCUCGACGGAUCUUCCCUAUGGAACUCGUGGCAAACACCGAAUCAUACUCGCGCCUUGACUAUGCGUAACACUUUUAUCCAGACCCUCGCCUGCGUUUUCGAUUGCGGACCGCACUGGCUGAUCGAGCUAUCAUCGCGCCUGACACAGCCUAAUACUCCGACUCUGGCGCCACACACUAUUGAGAUGAUGUUGAAUCCCCAUCUCAUCGUUCGUAACUACAUACUGCUGCCUGAAGGCCAGGCAGCGCUAUCGCUUCUCCUUACUUUCCUGUCUAACCUCAUUUCAUCGGGCAUACCUUGGGGGUCCGGUACUUCUGAGCAUAACUGCGGACCCAUGAUCAUUACCAGUCCUGUAUCUUCGACGGCCCACGGCGCGGUUUCACAUCCAUAUGGCGGGAAAGCCAUCAUAUUCGCGCCAUUUGCGCAUUCGAAAACACUUCUCAUUGCUGUACCUGCUGCAGUAAAGGAAGCACAUUACGACAAUCUUGCGCGCGGCUGGAUUUUGACGAGCAUGAAUCCAUACACAGGAAGUCCAAAGCCGACUGUCAGCUGGACACUACAAACAAAAGGCGUUAUCUUUGGGGAUGGGAAUUUCAACGCUGGCUUGGAGCGAUGCAGUGAGGUAAGGAACCAUCGGGUGUAUGGUCCUCCAGCUCAAUGA